AUGGUUCAAGUUGGAGAAGCUAAAGAUCCAGAAAAGGAAGAAACUGAGGGAGAAAGAGCAAGGGUCAAAUAUGUUCCCCCAACACUCCCUGGGGACGAAGACUUCAUCUUUGGCUCGCCAGAAAUGCCAUCCGAAGAGAACCGCCAGACUGUGAUGUUCAAGACGGACAACUUGCUUUUGGGCGUGGGUGCGGCGGGCGCAGCCUGCAGCGACGUGGAGCAGACCGUUAUCCAGGUCACCAAGUUCGACAAGAGGGAGCAGCUCUUCGACAUUCUGAAGACCACAGGGACGGAGCGCACCAUUGUCUUCGUGGAGAAAAAGAGACAAGCUGACUUCAUUGCCAGUUAUAUGUGCCUGAUGAAGGUUAAGACCACCAGCAUCCAUAGUGACCGGGAGCAGCCGGAGCGAGAGAAGGCUCUGGCAGACUUCUGCUUUGGCGAGUGUCCGGUGCUGGUGGCCACGCCGAUAGCCGUCCAGGAUCUAGAUAUCCCAGAUGUUCAGCAUGUGGUGAACUUUGACCUCCCCAACAACAUCGAUGAGUAUAUCCGCCGCAUCGGGAGGACCGGCCACUGUGGAAACACCGGGAAGGCCGUGUCUUUCUAUGACCCCGACGCCGACUGCCAGCUGGCCCGCUCCCUGGUCAGGUUCCUGUCCAAGGCGCAGCAGGAAGUACCCUUGUGGUUGGUGGAGUCGGCAUUCAGCAGCGAUGGAGCAGUAGACUUCAACCCCUUUAUGGUAGUGUCUUGCAGGUCCAGGACCUGA